AUGGGUAUUCCACCCAAGAUUCCUGCCGACGUACUGGAUGAGUUGCAGUCGUUGACCGGGUUGCCGUCGAGUACCGUGGUGGUUUUGUACGAAAGAUUUCGUGCACUGGCACCACAAGGAUUCAUGAGCUACGUAUGUUUCAAAAAGUCCCUGGGGCUCAUGGCGUUGCUGGACAACAGUUUUCUCCCGGAGAGAUUGUUCAAGGCGUUCGACUUCCGUGGUGAUGGCGUUUUGGAUUUCGUGGAAUGGUGUGCCGGCCUUGGUAUUAUGAUGAAAGGAAGCGAAGAUGAGAGGCUCGAGUUCAGCUUCCGUAUACUACGGUCACCCGGCAAAGGCGUUCUCCGCCGAGGCAACAGUCUCACUGGUCCCAUGUGGAAAGGUCUCGAAGAUCAGGCCGCAGCGCAUAAUAAAAGAAGCACCUGGUCCGCCGUCUAUGGCGCCGGCAAAACUAACAGAAAGGCCUCAAGGCUGCCCAUGGGAGUCUUCCCGCCCGCCCGCCACCUCCAACAAGUCACCACAGCAACACUGGUUCCGGCACCACUGGUUCCGGCACCACUGGUUCCGGCACCACUGGCUCCAGCACCACUGGUUCCAGCACCACUGGUUCCAGCACCACUGGUUCCAGUACCACUGGUUCCAGCACCACUGGUUCCAGCACCACUGGUUCCAGCACCACUGGUUCCAGCAACAAUGGUUGGAGCACCCAUUGGUCACAACGCCGGAUUGGAACCCCGGGAGAUUAGCUCUCGAGAAGAAACAAGUCCCCUCUUGCUAGUACCCCCCAGCAGCUGCGAGCCUGUGGAGGCUGGCCUGGAUGCAGGUCUAGGGGACCGCCUGUUGUUGCCACCGCCGUCCCUAGCGGCGACCGGACCGGCGGUGACCGGGUCGUUGAAGACUCCGUCGCCCGCGGUCGUGGACUCUUCGCGGGCUGGCAGCCGAGGAUGGGUAACAUACCUGCUUGCCACUGACCCCACCGAUCCUAGCAAUGUGAUUACUCUUAGCGAAUUUAGACAUAUUGUGCGUUCGUUAGAGAAAACACGAUCACAACUCACAACUGAAACGUCCACGGAACACAUACCUGACCACGUCAUAGACGAGAUCUUCAAUAAGGCAUGCAACCAAGAAAAUGUCCUCAGACUUGAGAAGUAA